AGGGAACUAAAUAACUUCCUCCAUGGAUGCAGUAUUGGCGAGCGUUGCAGUGCUGUUUGUCGUCGGCGGACUGCCGGCCAAGGGAAAUGAACCUGAAAAUUCGACUACACCCAGAAGUAAAAUCCCUGAGGGUUUCUAUCUAUCAGCAAGUGAUAUUCAUGCAAAACAUGUCACAAUUUUAGAGAUGAAAAACGUUAGCUUUACUGGAAGAGAACUAGGUGCUUCUGAAAUAUCACAUUUAUCUGUUGACGAGAAGUGUUCCAGGGGCCUGCCACUGUCUGCAGCAUGGCAGUAUUACGGCCCUUAUGUGAGGCCAGGAAUGCGCGAUGGAAAAGUUGCCGUUGAAGGCAUUUUUCCUCACAUUAUCAACAAAAUGCUCCAUGUCUGUUGUAACAGCUCAACGACAGUGAAAUACGGGAAGAUUUUUGACUCUAUUCGCGGUCUAGAAGGACAGCUAAAUCAACCAAAGAUGGCUUACGACUUUAGCUUUCCAGUCACUGGAAAAAGCCUCAGAGAUGAGUCGUUUAAGGACUUGCCUUAUAUACCAAUUGUACAGGCCCCACGAGUAGCACUGCUUGUUCGUGACAAGACGGAAAACACCAAGACAGCGCAGCUGAUGAACACGGUCUUCAAGGCCUGGCCGAUUCUCAUCUUUAUUCUCGUCGCUGCUACUCUGUCUGGUAUUAUCAUCUGGUUAUUGGUAAGUGUCUAAUUGCAUUUAAAGGCUCUUCUACUUUUUGCUUUGGAAUGCAUCUUUACUUGCACAAAUUUAUGGAAAAUCUUGAGCUAAAAUGUAAAGGUAAUUAAAUGUUAAUCGUUGAAGAAGUAUGAAAAAAAAAAAUUCUAUUUUCUUUCCACAAUGUCUUCUGUGGUCGACAGAAACCGAUCUGGGAAAUGGCAACGGAAAAAAUCAACAACAAAAACAGAACAAAAACCGUACCAGACACCUUCUCAGGCUUCUCUUCUUAAUAUAUGUAAAAUCAAACUUUAGCUACACGGGUAAUCGUCGAUAAUUCCAAAUUAGCUAGUAAGUACAGUUCAACCUUACAAUCGGUUCUUAUGUUCAAACUGUACAUAUUUUCACAAGAAAAACGUAAACAUCAUUUGAAAAAAAUAUCUAUCUUUUAUUCUCUUCUAUACCAAGGACAGCUUUUGAUUUUAUUUUUUCCACUGAUCGAUCAUGAGUCAAUAUGAACGUACUCGAUAUGCAGCGCUAGUGAAUGUCGUUAUUUUCUGUUCAACCUUGUAUUAAGGCGAGUUAAGGGUCGAUGGUUUAUUGUGCUUUACUCCAGUGGGACUCGCUUAUCUAAGUGGGUACGGUGAUCAAACCUCAUCGAUCUUCAUAACUUCUGUGAUGAUACUGUUUUGACUGCUCAAAAGAAGAUGUCAAUUGAAAGGCUAGGUUUCAAACCUCAAACUUCUCGAAUGAAUAGCACUAUUAACAAUAUAUAUAUAGAGCCUCAAACUAAAAACUGAACUUCAAUGUCAAAUAGCUGGAAGUGAUUUUGACGUAAAAGAUGGGAAACGGAAAAUUUUAGACCCUUCACGACAAAAGCCGGUUUUUUCCUUAGACUGAAGAAGAAGUUGUUAUUACUGUCCUCAAAAACGGGUUUUAAGACAACAACAGUAAGACCAGAGGUUUACAUUUUACCGCCGGCAUUGACCCAGCUACUAGAAAAAUCAUUGUCAGUGGCUUUAUCAGUGAGAAUGACACAGUGACAUAUCAUGUUUUGCAAUUUCUCCGUCAAAGUUCAAUUUGUUAGAUUUUGAUUUUUUUUUACCAUGAACACGUUAUGACCAAAGCCAACUUUUAGGAUCAUUAUAUUUUGUUUGUCGGAUCAGAAUGUACAACAGUUUUUUCUUCUUCUUUCUUUCUUUUCUUUUUUAUUGUCCCCCCGACUCGUUGUUUUCUUUUUUGGCCGAUUUAAAAAUUAAAAGUGCCUAGAUUAUCUCAUCUGCUUUAUUAUUUCUUGAGCGCCUGUUGAGUCGGUCGUCUGAAAGAGAUUUACUUACAUAAAAUAAAACGAUUUUUGGCAAUUACCGGUAAUAUAUAUGAAUUUUUCUGGGGAGAUGCAUGGUGAUUCAGGUUUUUGGAUUGACGGUCAUUUGUAGUCAAAACUGACUAGUGAAUAGGUCGCAAAUAAAGUCACUUCUUUGAGCGAUUAACUUUACCAAUAUUUCACAGCACGAUUCGGGCAAUCCAAUCAUUUAAUCAGUUUUGAUUGGUGGGAUUUUAAUGGAAUUGGAACAUUCUUAGCCAUUAGGCGUAAUUGCAUUGUUACUAAGUGACUAGAAUUUUUGCAAAUUGAAACUCCUUCUCAAAGGAUUUCAUUCAAAUUAUAUGUUAUCAAGUGGCGUGAAUUCGUUUUUAAAGUAAAGAGGAGCGAUCACCAAUCGUGAUGAGCCCCGUUGAUUUUUGUUAUACAGGACCGUCUUAAAAACCCGGACGAGUUUCCGAGGCCCUUCAUCAAUGGAACAUGGGAAGGCUUUUGGUGGGCGUUCGUUACUAUGACAACAGUAGGGUGAGUGAUUACUUCCCGAUUACGAAAGACCAUGCCUUUUCUUAUAUUCUCUUUGUAACUGAAAUAAGGGCUUGAAAACUCGCAUUGAAUUGUCGUCAAUUUCACUAGAAUGUUAGUAAGUUGCAAUUAACAGGGAACUUAAGAACCACGACGAAGUUCACGACGACGACGUCUGUUGACUGGGAAAAGACUGGAACGAGAACGUCAGUUUCGGCGGGAAAAAGGAUACUUAAGAUGCAGUCGAUCGGUAGGUCGACGACGACGCCACUGAAUGUAAAACACAAAUGUAAAACUGUCAUGUUCGUUCGCAACAAAGUUUUUCGCAAUGGUGUCUUUUAAAACAAAGCAAGAUCUUACUUUUCAAGCCUUACGUCUAAUUUCAUUGAUGAUGAAUAACUUUUUGCGUUGUCUGACCUUUUCGAGUGGAAAAACACCUGCUUUCCGUACGAAGAUUAUUCGACUACUUUCAACUUGAGUGAGAUGACCGAGUCCGAGCGUCUGUCAGAGUAAUAGAUUUGGAAAAAGAGACAUUCUGAUGUGAUAGCCGUUUUCCAUGUAAAGUUUAUUUCCUCUAUAUUAAAGAUAUAUGAUUUGCCUUACCGAGUAAAUACGUACAAAUAAAUUUAUCACUUACGAGUUCGCUCGCUCGGCCUCCACAGCUGUUGUCAUUCUUCGAAGUAAUAACAUUUCAUUAGUCGAAUUUUCAAUCAACAUCGCUUGUUAGGAGGAAAAAGGAACGAUACUGGGAUUUACGAGGAUAAGAAAAUGGAAAGGACUUCAAAAAUCGCUUAAAACAGUGGAUUUACACCUGCCGAAGCUCUUGUGGAUUGCAGGACGACGUGGUUCUACUUUGUUUGGCGUCGUCGACGACACCACGACGACGAAAUCUACUGGUCGCGCUUGCGCAGGACACUGUAACUCACUUCCGGUCGUCGUCGUGGUUCUUAAGUUCCCUAAUAACAUACAGUGAAACCCGAUUAAUUUGGGCACCAAGGGCACAUGCCAGGGUGUCCGUAUCAUCCAAGAGUCAAUUUAAUAAAACUUUUACACGUCUAAUUUACAAGUGUAGCUAUUGUUCUCAGACUCUAAAACAAUCCCUACACUUGUAAAUUACACGUGUAAAAGUUUUAUUAAAUUGACCCCGGUUGUCUGUUUUAAGAGGGCUCUCAGAAAAAGACCUUACGGAUACAUGAUUUGUCGAUAAACAAAAAGACUAAUGCAGACAUCAUUUUUUACUAGAAAACGUUUUCUAAUUUCAUUCUUAACUGAAACUGUAAAAAUUUCCUCCUGAAGAAACCUCAUAAUCAUUUAGCAUAGUCUCAGGCUAAACUUAAACCUUUUAAAUAUUAUACUUUAAGCCCGACACUGGUGGUAAGAUAUUCAGUCAUAGCCAGCUCGCAGAAUAACAAUGUCCGUGAAGUGGGUCGACGAUAUAUGACAGUUUGUGACUCGGGACACCGGUGUCCGAAUUAAGCAGGUUAAUUUUUAAGUUUUUCCACUGUUCAUACUUACUUUUUUCGUGGUUUCGUUUCUUGAUUUUAAAAAAGCAUUUUAAGUGCGAUUUAAACACUAUACUAGAAUUAAGUGGGUUCAAAAAACCCACUUACUUCUAGUGUUUAGACGGAUAAAAACUAUUCUUGAGUCUAAAUGUUUUGGAAUUUCUGUUCAUAAAAGUACUGCAGCUUAUACUUGAGCGCCACUGAUUAAACAUUUUUCGUUUAUUUUUGCAGCAAUAUUUAGUCUAAAAUCUCCAUAAUUUUUUCUUGGUUGCAGAUAUGGUGACCGCGCACCUAAGUCUUUCUUAGCGCGUAUUUUUUGUAUCUUAUGGAUCCUGGUUGGAAUCAUCAUUAUUGCUAUAUUUACGGCAAUCGUAACAGCCUCGUUAUCAGCCAGUAUUCAGCACCACUUCACUGUGCAUGGCUCUGUGGUAGGUUCUGAUAUUAGGCUGAGAAAACAGCCGACAUUUCGAAACGCCACCAGAACGGUUUCCACGGGCUAUGACGUCUGAGGAACGAGCGCAGAAAAUUUCAUACUGAAGUUGCGUCACUACCCAGAUUUGGUUUUGGUUAGUGCUUCUGAUUGGUUGAAUGGAAUUUCUGCCCUCUUUCCUCAGAUUCCUUUCAUUCGUAAGCCGCUGGUGGAGUAUUUCCAAAGCCAUGAAUUCCAGAUUCUACAAGCGAAAAUUUCCCGGAUUUUAAAAUCGAAAAUACUUAAUAUUUACUUGGCAUGCAAGUUCAAAGUUUCAAUUGAGUGAAAAAUAUCCCGCUCUCGAAAUAUGUUCGAUUUUAAUAUAUUUCUUGCCCUAUUAUUCCCCUUCUGUUUUAUUCAGAGCAAAGCUUAUUGAUGUUUUCAUUCAAUUUCAGAUCGGUGCAGUAAGUGCCAGCGAGGAGUUUCGAUUCGGAGUCAGUUUGAACGCGGAUUUGAAACGUAAGUUUGAAAUUUGUGUGUUUGAUUUUGAAGCUUCUACUUGAAACGUUUAUUUCUGGGAAAGUGAUUAAAAAGGCGCAAACGGGAGAAGUAAGGAUAAGCAGUCGCAAGGCAAAUGAAAACAAAACACCGCUAACACUCUCGGAUACGAAAAUGAAGAGCCAUAACCGAUUACCUGGUGUCCCUGUGAAGGUCCUUCUGGAAAAUUCGGGUUAAAGUAUGCUGCGCAUGCUCCCUCAUGCCUUUACCAUAUAUCAGGAAAAAAAAAAUGAUAAAAGCAACAGCAUACCCAGAACGUAGCUAUAGAGCGUCAUCUCAUGACGUCACGGCGGCCAUAUUGGUAUUCUGAUGCAAUGACACGGCGGCGGUCAUGAUGGUGUUCCAAACAAAUCCUGUGGGAGUUGAACUCUUUUCUUAUGUAAACAAUUUCUUUUGUUCGCACAAAUUUGCAUAGAUGCUGGCCACGUGAGUGAAAACGCUCUCUACCUUAUUUCACUCUCAAAAAUCUAUACCCAAUCCCACACCAAAGGGGUUACAAACCACACUCUUUGGCGCCGGCCGCACAUACUUGUAUAACUUAUACAGUGCAUACAUGGGAAUUUCCCGAACUAGGGGUCCUGGCAAGAAUGCGAGGCACUGCUCGUCAGUUGCUGAAGGGGAUUGCACGGGUAAUCAGAAUUAGACUCAUUUGAAAGCUGCUAUAAUUCCUGUUUAAACCUACUCAAUUUUAUUUCUUUGUAGCAUACCUUUCCAUACCAAAGAUGAAUGAGGAUCUAAUGACUGACAAAUUGAAAGGCUCUUUGAUUGACAACUACGUUUUGACGUACUACAGUGACUUUGUAAAAGAAAACGAUGUUAGAAUAGAGACCACAUUUGAGCACGCUAUAACCUAUGGCCUCUCUAUUCGCUCUAAUGCCUCAUCGAACAUGUUGGCUUGCUUCAAACGCUAUGUGCGUAAUCAUCCCCAGGAAGCCUUCGAAAUUAUUGCUCAGAAUCUGGAGCCCCUCAAGGUGAGAUGUCUUAUUCUCUGUUUGUUAUUUCAAAGCCGCAAGUGAGUCUGGGUCGAGGCUGACGGUUGACGGUUUAGCCCGUUGUGACCCUCAGUUUCUGGAUUAUUUGAAAAGUAAAAACGCCACCUAAUCUAAGUAGAUGAAAUGCAAAUAUGACGAGCUUUUCAAUACGCGUACGGUGUUUCAGUCAGAUUUUAGAUUAUUAAACAAGAAAGAUAUGUAUCCGUUUCGGGAAGAUGGGAUAUGCUUUGGGUUGUUCAAUUAUGAUGUCAGAGAUAAUCGUUUAUUUCAAUUUGCCGUAAAACUCCGAAAAUAAGCCCCUCCAUGUAUAUGCCCCUCCAAAUAUAAGCACCCCAAACCGGUAACGCAAAAAAGCCCUCCGUUCAAUUGCCCCUCCAAAUAUAAGCCCCUCGGGGGCUUGUACUUUGAAAAUUGCCCUCAAAUACAAAGUAAAACAAAGCAAAAAUGGUAAAUUUACUUCCAACUAUAAGGCUAGCCCAAUCAAUUUUGAAACGUAAAUUUCCCUCAGUAGAUUAGCCCCUCAAAAAGGGCCCUUGAAAAAUAUAAGCCCCGGGGCCUUUUUCGGAAUUUUGCGGUAUGUAUUUAUUUAUUUAAUUUUUUUUGCGAAUUUUACACGGUUAGAACCCUACAGAUGAAGUGAGUCAGGAGGUGAAAGCGUCUGAAGGAUUGUUCUUUUACAGAGAAAGAGAAUUCAAAAAAGUUCUGUUCAUUCUGUUGGGCGUGCUAGGAUUUCUUCUGUUUGUCGGAGGAGCCUGGGAAUUGUGUUACAAUCGUCCAAGGAGACGUAAGCAAUUGAAUUGAAUUAAUUUACUCUAAUCAGCGUGCGCAGCCGUAUAACGCUUUGAAAAAUACCAUAAUAUUCUCGCAUAAGUAGAAUUAGGUGAAGCGGAUUCUUUCCAGUCUUCUUUGUUGAAAUAGCUCACUGGAAUUCAGAGUAGGGAGAUAGUAGCUUCUUUUGAGCUGAGGAAUCUUUAAAAGUCAAGAUCCUGUAACUUAAAAGCCUAUAUUAAAGCCGUAUUCUCAAACACGUCGAACGAAUGGUUCUGAACAGAAUAAACACAGUAUCUGUCAAUCCUUGCCUUAAUGAUUAAAUGCAAACAACGAGAGCACAGCUGCGCUAGGAUGCAAAUUUUACUGGCUAUGCACAACACUUGCAGUUUGAACAGACAAGUUUACAUGAUGCACCACCAAACGUAACCCUGUACGAGAGGCUUAUUUAGAGAUCUUCAUUUCCAUGACUGUAUAAAGAGGAAUGAUUAGAUAAAAACUUCCUUCAUCGCUUUAAUUUUUGUUAGUUAAUGAAGAAACAUCACCCUUUGAACCUACUGGCAACAAGAAGUUGCCAUGAAAAGCAACCGUCGUACCAACAAAAUUCUGGAUUAAGUUAGAGAAAUUUCUCACUUGGAGUUUUUGUGAAACCAGCCUCAGUUCGUGAUAUGUAUUUAAAUUGUCAGUUUUCUUUUGCUUUGACUCCCAGAUGAGUGCAUCGUCAAAUAUUUCUGGAAGGUGAACUGGUUCCAAAAUGGUGACGAAACAUAACUUCAUAGAGCAUUCAAAGUUUGCUUUCUGAAUGUUUCCUUUUUUGUAGGACAAAGGAAGGAAAAAGAAAAUGAUGGCGCGUUAAUCUCACUGACGCCAGCACAAAACAAAUGCGACUGCCAUGAAAUGCUACUGAGCCAUCAAACAAUCCAAAGUAUCAAAUACAAAUCCUCAAAAAUCAAAGAACUCAUCCGCGAGUACGAAGAAUUCUACGACGGAUGGCUACAACGAGUCCGCGCAGUGGAACAUAAUGAAAAUGGUAUCACACCCCAAAUGGUGUGA